AUGGCGGUGUAUACUUUCACCUUCCUGUGCGCCUUGAGCGUCUUUGCUGCUCUCCAGGUUCCGAGCACCAACGCAUUCUUUUUUGAUUGGUUUGAACAACCCUCUCAACGACUGUCCAUCAGCAAAGCUGAUCAGAAUGAGAUCGUGAACAAGCACAACGACGUGAGAAGAAGUGUUCAGCCCACUGCUAGCAACAUGAUGAAAAUGAGCUGGAGCAGCGAGGCUGCAGCCAACGCUCAGAAAUGGGCCGACAAGUGUACCAUGAAGCACAGUCCUGACAGCUCCAGAACGAUCAGCUCUAGCAAAUGUGGAGAGAACCUGUACAUGUCUAGCGGGAAGAAAACUUGGAGCCAAGCUAUUCAAAAAUGGAUAAACGAGGUGAAGGACUGGCGCUACGGAGUGGGAUCUAUCAAUGGAAAAGUGGUUGGACACUACACACAGAUGGUUUGGCACAACUCCAACAAGGUUGGCUGUGGUAUAGCCUACUGUCCCAACAGUGCCUACAAGUACUACUACGUCUGCCAAUACUGCCCACCUGGAAACUACCAGUACGCUCGUCCCUACAAAUCAGGACGCUCCUGCGGUGACUGUCCCAAUGGCUGCGACAACAAACUGUGCACCUCGCAACGCUGUCGCUACAAGGACAAGGCCUCUAACUGUCCCUCGUUGAAGCAGCAGCUGAGCUGCAAACAUGGCCUGGUGGCUUCUUGGUGUCCCGCCUCCUGCAAGUGUUGA